UCAUUGACCUUCCUUGUGCGGCAGCGUCCGUUUCCAGACGAGGACCUUGAAAUUGUUGUUGCUGCUGAGUGUUUCUGUAAUUUGUGCAACUGUGGUGGGUCAUAAGCCGUGCCAUGCCUGGUUCGGUUGAAAUUCCGACGUUGCAGGAGCUAAAUGUCGAAGAAGUGAACGUAUCCUCGGCGGUGCUGAAGGCGGCUGCUCACCACUAUGGCUCCCAGUGUGACAAGCCCAACAAGGAGUUCAUGUUGUGCCGAUGGGAGGAGAAGGAUCCCAGGAAGUGCCUGGAAGAAGGCAGGAAGGUCAACGAGUGCGCUCUCAAUUUCUUCAGGCAGAUAAAGGGGAGCUGUGCGGAGUCCUUCACGGACUACUGGACGUGUCUGGACUACUCCAGCUUGCACGAGCUGAGGCACUGCCGCAAGCAGCAGCAGGCCUUUGACGGCUGCGUCCUGGAGAAACUGGGCUGGCAGAGGCCAGAGCUGGGAGACCUCUCCAAGGUGACCAAGGUGGCUACGGAGCGACCUCUGCCCGAGAACCCCUACCACUCCCGCCCCAGGCCUGAGCCCAACACCCCCAUCGAGGGCCAACUACAGCCAGCCAAGUACGGAAGCCGCAUGUUCUUCUGGAACUGGUGACCAGCACAUCAUCACAUUCACGCCGUGGCCCCCACAAUGUCUUGGCCACCACAGUUUAAACAUCUGGUUCAUACAUCGCCAGACCUCAAUGGACAGUUGUAUGUGUGAGUUGGAGUACCCACCCCCCUUCCUCCUACCUAUGUGUAGACUUGUAAAGAGUGAACAAAUUUAAAUGUUGAAUAAAAAAAAUAUUAAUUUAAAACUUGA